AUGUGGAUUUUUGGAUUUUCGAUCUCAUUUUCAACUUUGAUUAUGAUUUUUGGCUUCAAAAAUAGUGUUAACGGGUUAAGGUGUUAUGAAGGUUGGUUUAUGGAAAACUUAGAAAAAACUGAAAAAAAUUGAAAGAUAUUUUAGCUUGAAAAAAAAAUCAUCGAAAAAUUCCACCUGUUCUGAUGAAAGCGAAAAAAAAACUUGAAAAACAGGAUAUUUCAGAGUACUUUUUUCAAGAUUGGAGAUUACUGUAUAAUAUAUAAUUCAAAAAAAAAUUACAGAAAUUCCUGAAGUUUUUAUGAUUGUGCCUACAGUAAUUCCAAAUAAACUUAAAUUUUUUCAGCGAAGGUAUAAUAAAACAAAACUUCAUCUAAUUUUCAAAAUUAGGAUUACUGUAGGUUCUGAAAACUUGAAGAAUUGAAUCUUUCAAAUUUUUUUUUCAUAAAUUAGAAUCUUAGGUUACUGUAGGCAGCAAAACUAUAUAGAGAAAAACAAAUUUUACACCUACAGUACUCCUCAAAGUUUCUCCGCUCUGAAUCUGGUUUUUUUUUCAAAUUUAAGGUUACUGUAGACAUUGACUAGUCGUGAAUUUUUGUUCCAAUUCAGGUUCUUGAUAAUUUCAGAAUUACUAGAACUUUUUUAAAAAUAAUUUUUAUAAACUUCGAGUUACUGUAAAUUCUAAGACUUUCGAAACUAGUGUUAUCCCUAUAUUUUUCCAGGUUCCCGUGGAAUUGUGAAUGGGGAAGAAACGACAAAUUUCGUCGAAAAUCUAUGCGAUGAUAAUAUGCAAUUUUGCUUCGAAUCCUAUAAUUCGAAUUUAACCGAAGUUACGGCAAGUUGUCAAACAAUGGGAACUGAUCCAAAACUUAUUGAUGUUUGUAAUGUAAGUUUAUGACUGACAAUUUUUAAAAAGAUAAUUUUUAAUGACCGAAAAAAAUCAUAAAAAUCAAAACAACACACACGUUGUGGGUUACUGUCUAUGACGUCAAUAGGGAUGUUAUUGAACAGAAAAAUUUAAGUUAAAGGGGCACGUCGGUGAACAUCAAAACAAUGCCACGUGGUCUCGAAAAACAUUCAAGUUUCAGUUUAAUCUGUUGAGUUCUUUGGAUUUUUAUCAUUUUUUCUAUUUUUAAAAUCAUCAGAGCCAAGCCUAGAAAUUGUAGUUGUCAAGUAGCCGCGCCUAGAAUUUUCAAUUUUCAAGGAUGAGCGCCAAGAGAGCAAAUUUCGGAGUGAUUUUUUUUACUUCGGGUUAUCAAAACUUCAAAAUCCUCCCCUAUUUUCCACAUGUUUCCUUUUUUCUAGAUGGAUAAUAAAUGCCGUGAACGUACUGACAUCGAUGUCACAGUAUGUUGUUGCACUUCCGAUUUAUGUAAUCUUCAAGAAGAUUUGAAACCCGAUUCAUUACAAACUUCCACCGAAAAACCACCAGAAAAAAGUUCGAAAGAACAUUCGGAAGAAGACGAGGAAAAUGUAUUCGAAUCUUUGAUGACAAAUGAGACACGUGUUUUUUUAAAGUAG